GUAACCUCCCCCUCGCUAUAUUACCACAGGUACUCGGUCAGGAGACACGAUAGGUUGUUCUCAAUGAUCGGUGUGUAAUUGACUUGUAACCUGCAAUUAGGUUGUGUGCAUUGGCCUGUUCGUUCCAGGCACAGCAUCGUCAAUUAGAAUCGUGCGCGGGGCCUCCGUUCCGACAUCUUGGACUGCCAGCCACCGUCAUCAUCCGAAGUUGUUACCUUUCGAUUCCCCUCUCGUCACUCAUAGGACCUUGAUACGCGAGGGUUUGGGACCGUAUGUCCUGAUGCUUCUUUACUAUUUGGUCUGUGUUCAGAGGGUACCAUAAGCUUGUUUCUUUGGACAAUUGCAAUGAGCUGUCUACCGCUUGCCUUACACAAAUCGCUCCUAGAACUCAGUAUUUGGAGAAUGAGGACCGCAGAAGUGUUCCAGGUUCCGGCUAAGCCCGCUCUGUGUUACAACUAAUGUUAACUCAACUACUGUCGACAUUGGCGCAGGAGUGCAGAAAUCAAUUGAAGCCUGUCUACAGAACCCCCGUUGCUGCUGAUGGCUGGACGUUCCGUCCUGUUGCCAAUUGCUUUAACCGACCUCGGAGCAUUCUCUUCGACCGCCUAGGGGCGAUUCUACUCGUCGACGCCAGAUCCGGAAUCAAGCAUUAAGGCUAACUGACGAUGGAGGCACCUGUAUGUAUGUUGCCGAGGAGCGAACGGUCAUCGAGUCACUCGGGGUGAGGCAAUAUCUGGUACAUUACUCUAGGUCA